UUUACCAUCAACCCGAUGUGCUUGCGGGAUAGGGAUCUCUGGCGUAUGCGGUGCCCACUGAUAUGCAACUGGGCUAUUGAGUUUCAUUUGCCACAUCGCAUGUGUCGUCAGUUUGGUCUGUUCCAGCCUCACCCGCCGGAAUGGGUGGAUACGGACAAAGCACUUCAUAGGUUGGACAGGAGAAGGCAGCGGAAGAUAAAGGACUGGGACAAGCAUCAUGCUUCGUAUGUUACCCGCUUCCAGCUUUGUGUGGAGGAAGCUCGUAGCAGUGCACGCGCCAAGCUUCGUGAGCAUAGUCCACUUGCUUUUGAUAACUACAUACGAUGGCUUCUUGAAAAUACUUGAGUUGAGAUAUGCCCGCCGGCAUAUAAUGAGGAUAUUCUUGAAGAACCCGUAAACUUUGAGGAUCUAUCAAAGGGGAAGUACAACAAAGAUGUCAGGGUAGG